GGGCUCUACCCAUUCUGCUAAUAAAUACCCAAAACCCUCCUGAUCACGAUCAUCUUGGAGACAAACAGCUGACCUGAAGUCAUCUUUCUUUGAUAACGCUUGUUAAACAUUAUCUGCAGUAAGAUGUUACCAAUGGUUUUAUUGUUCUCUCUUUUUCUGAAACCAGUGACUUCUUAUGUGGGUCUUGGCGGUAAAAUGCUUGUGUUUCCAGCCAAGUCAGACUACAAUUAUGUUAAACUCGUUCCUGAAAAAGCACUGAGUCUUUCAGCAUUUACUCUCUGCAUGCGUGUCGCGACGGAUCUCCGGGAUGCGAGGGACAUCAUUCUGUUCGCUUACCGCACAAGUGAAGUUGACGAGCUGAAUGUGUGGAAAGAGAAAGACGGCCGUUUGUCCUUGUAUAUUCAGUCUAGUGGAGAAGGAGCACUUUUCCGUAUGACUCCUGUCUCCCCUUAUCGUACUCACCUGUGUGUCACCUGGAGCUCUGCGUAUGGUCUCACUGCAAUCUGGGUGGAUGGAAGACGCAGUUCAUUACAGCUUUAUAGACCAGGUUUUAGAGUUCGUGCAGGUGGUAUUGUUGUGCUCGGCCAAGACCCUGAUAGCUAUCUAGGUAAAUUUGAUAGAGAGCAGAGCUUUGUAGGAGAAAUUAAAGAUUUGUACAUGUGGGACUAUGUUCUCUCUGACAGUCAGAUAAGGGCGGUUUAUUUAAACCAGAAAACGUAUAUGCCGAAGGGAAACUUGUUUGACUGGAACACCAUCAGAUAUUCUAUUACUGGAAAUGUGCAAGUGGCUUAUGAUAAUAAUUUCUGAUCAGGUCACACAUUUGUGUCAGUCUUUAUAAUCUAACACAGUUGUGUCAAUAUCUGGAAAUCUGUUCAUCUGUUUUAAUGACAAAAAUUGCUAAUAAAUAAAAGUGUCAGCAUUCAA